CAGCCAUGUUUGAUCGAGUCAUUGUUAUUGUUUUCAACUUCACAUUCAGUAAUUAGGGCAAAGGUAACGGGAGCGAUUCCCGUUCUGGCAUUGAAUGUACACUUCGAGGUUCUUCAGUAAAGUAUCAAGACUUUCACUCGUGCAGUUUAUAGCCGUUUCUGUUUCUGCAUUGCUACAGUCUCUUGUCUCACUGAGUUGAAUCAGUCCAGUAAUAAUGGAUAAUCAGGUGCUCGAGUCCACUGCGGAACGGACAUUUCAGUAUCAGAGCAGCCUGCCUGCUCUACCUGUGCCGGAUCUACACGACUCGCUCAACAAAUACCUGCAUGCAGUGAAACCUUUUGCAUCUGAGGAGGAGUUUCGAGCCACAGUGGCCAUUGUGAAACGCUUUGAGGAGGGCAUCGGACAACAGCUACAUCAAAAGCUUCUGAAGAGAGCCAAGAGCAGGCGCAACUGGCUUGAGGACUGGUGGCUGGACACAGCGUAUCUAGAGGUGCGCGUCCCCUCUCAGCUCAAUGUGAAUUUUGGAGGACCUACAGCCUACGUGGAGCACUGCUGGCCUGUACGUGAUGGCACACAGCUGGAGAGGACCAGCUUGAAUUUGUGGUUCACCCUCCAGUACUGGGAACUUAUCCGCACGGAGAGGCUGGUAGUUCAUAAAGCAGGAGCAAUGCCCUUUGACAUGGAUCAGUUCCGCAUGCUCUUCUGCACCUGCAAAGUGCCUGGCGUCAAUAAAGACACCAUCCUCAACUUCUUCAAAACAGAGAGCGAAGGACCCUGCCCUUCUCACAUGAUAGUGAUGUGUCGUGGGAGGGUCUUCACAUUUGAUGCUCUCUGUGAUGGCCGUAUCCUCACUCCCCCAGAGCUGUUGAGGCAGCUGACUUACAUUAAAGAAUGCUGUGAUGGAGAGCUGGAGGGGGAUGGAGUGAGCGCUCUCACCACUGAAGAAAGGACGCGCUGGGCAAAGGCUCGGGAAUAUCUGAUCUCCAUUGAUCCUGUGAAUAAGACCAUACUAGAGACCAUUCAGAGCUCUUUAUUUGUGCUCGCCCUGGACGAUGCCAAGCCCUAUUCCACCCCUGAAAACUGCACACAGUUGACCCACCUGGCAUUGACUGGUGACCCCACGAUCCGCUGGGGUGAUAAAUCUUACAAUCUGAUCUGCUUCUCUAAUGGGACCUUCGCUUCUAACUGUGAUCAUGCGCCAUAUGAUGCCAUGGUUUUGGUAUCUAAUGGAUAUUACGUAGAUCAAAAAUUGAGGGCCUGUGGUGGAGUGUGGAAGGGUUCAGAGGUUGUGCGUGAGAUGCCUGUCCCGGAGGAGCUGAUAUUCACUGUGGAUGAGCGGGUGAGGAGAGACAUAGCCCUGGCUAAAGAACAAUACACCAAAAGUUCUCAGGACCUGCAGAUUGUCAGCUAUGCCUUCAGCUCAUUUGGAAAAGCAGCCAUUAAGAAGAGAAAGCUUCACCCUGACACUUUUGUACAGCUGGCUCUGCAGUUAGCGUACUACAGGCUACACGGAAAAUCUGGUAGUUGUUAUGAGACCGCCACCACGCGGCGCUUCUUUCAUGGCCGUACAGAGACCAUGAGGCCCUGCACUGUGGAGGCCCAGCACUGGUGCAGAACCAUGUUGAACCCUACAGCCACUACUGAAGAGAAAAGACAAGCUUUAAAUGCAGCCUUCAGCAAGCAUAAUAAACUGAUGGCAGAGGCACAGGAUGGAAGAGGCUUUGACAGACACCUCCUGGGCUUAUACCUGAUUGCCAAGGAGGAGGGUCUUCCUGUGCCUGAACUCUACAUGGAUCCGCUCUAUACUAAGAGUGGAGGAGGGGGGAGUUUUGUGCUUUCCACUAGUCUGGUGGGCUACACCACUGUACUGGGAGCAGUUGCACCCAUGGUGCCACACGGAUAUGGGUUUUUCUACCGCAUUCGUGAUGACAGAAUUGUUGCGUCCUGCACCGCUUGGAAGUCCAACCCAGAGACAGAUGCAGAAACCCUGUUUCAGAACCUCUGCACCUCUUUACAUGACAUCAUGCACGUCACUACCCAGUCCCAGCUGUGAAGCAGAGCAUUCUGGGAAGUAACCUCACUGCUUUAGAUAUGCCAUAGGACAGGAGCAAAAGGGCUGCUGUCUCAGACAUGACCUUGCCUUUAGACAGAUCUACCAUGCUGUGAAUUUAAAACGGUUCAUAUGCUCUCUUGUUCGGUCGUAUCCAGAAUAUAUACAUUAGAUAAGAGUCGAAUUGUGAAGAAAUGUGACAUUUGUUUGAGAAAUGACCAGACAUUUUCAGAAAGAAUCUGGAUUUAGUACAGCAGGUGCUUUAAACUCUCACGUGCCUUCAGUUAAUCAUCUGAAUCACUUCAAUCAGGAAAUCCUCCUCUGAGGGGCUGCAUGAUUUUUAACCUACAGUUUUUGCUACAUUAGCAGUAUUGCUUCCUGUUAACUGUAGACCUGUGAAACUGUAUAAUGUCACAGGAUGCUCAUGCAUCAUAAGUCCACUAGAGCGAGACAUUAAACAAUGUGAUUUUAGAUGAACUUCAUCAAGUGUGGAAGUUCAUCUUGACCUGUUCACUUCUUGCACACAUACACAAUAGAUAUACUGUUAAUGCACAAAUCAAUGCAACAGUGCAAGUAUAAUGCAGAAAGAUAAUUCCUCUUUAUUUUCUUAAUUUGAAAAUGUUCUACUAUCAUGUGGCUUUUUCCAACUUUAAGGCUUAUUGCACUAGAAUCAUUUUGAACCAAUAGGAUAUAAAUGAAUGUUUUUAUAUUGUAGAUGUACAUGCUUAUGUAAAAACAUUUUACUGUUUGUUAACAAAUGUAGGUUUAAUUUGCACUGCUUUCCUAGAUAUUGGGAAACACUGAAUAAAUGUUCCUGAAAUUUCAAUUGGUUCAGAUAUUACAGGCUGCUUCCUUCAUCAUAGGACCUUAAAUCUUUUCCAGCUGUUAUUUUGAAUUGCAAAUUUGGUCAUGCAUGCAUGUAGAUUUGAAUGUGAAUUGCCCACAAAUUGACCAAGAACACAAGUUUGCUUGUCGCCAUUACCUGUAAAAGAAAUUGUAAACAUUGCC